AUGGAUCCUCUUCAAGAUCAACCACCACCAAAAAACCUAGACGAAGUUGAAGAGAUUCUUGGAUACAACUUCAAGAAUAAAUGUUUAUUGGAAGAAGCUUUCACACAUUCGUCUUAUUAUUAUACUACAGAUAAUAAUUACAAUGAAGCUGAGAUAAAAUGCUCCUCAUUUGAGCGUUUAGCGUAUUUGGGAGACGCUGUACUUAAUUUGUUGGUCACCAAGGAGCAGUUCUUCUUGUAUUCAGAUUUUUCUUCGGGUCAGUUGACCCGGCUCCGAGCUGCCAAUGUUGACACCGAGAAGCUUGCACGUGUGGCUAUUGAGCAUGGGCUACAUUAUUAUUUAUGCCACAAGACACGUCUUCUUGAAGAACGGGUAAAUGGUUUCAAAAAAGAGAUAUUGGAGUAUCCAAUUCAUUCGAAUGAGCUUGUAGAUGUUCCGAAGUGUCUUGCCGAUUUAGUGGAAUCCAUUAUCGGAGCAAUCUUCAUUGAUUCUGACUCCAACGCUGACAUUGUGUGGCAGGUUUUUAGACGUUUGUUGGAGCCAUUGAUAGAUGCAGAAACUCUAAAGACACAUCCAGUGACAACAAAGCUGUAUCAAAUUUGCCAGAAACAUAAUUUGAAGGUUCAAUUUAAGGAUUCAUGGGAGGAUUUAAAGGCAGGGGAGGUUCUGGUCAAUAAUGAAUGGGUUGGAAUUAGUGGCGCUUGUCGUUCCAAAAAAGAAAUCGCUUUUAAUAGUGCUGCACAAAAUGCUCUCAAAAACAUUCCAACUAUUUUGAGUAUUAAACUCAAUAAUUCAACUUUGGAUGAAAUUAGAGAGAAGCCUGGGUGGAGGGCCGAUUUAUUUAAAGAAUGUGCUGUCAAAAAUUCCGACUUCGAGUCUGUGGAAAUGUUUUAUAUAGCUGGCAUGUGGAGUGAGACACCUGCUCAAGUAGUAUAUGGGAGUGUUGUGGAUCUUUGGGCUGAUGAUCUUUUCGAGGAAGGAGGCCAUUGGGGCGUAGCUAUUGUGGUGGUUGGCUGGGUGGCUCCACCACAAGGAUGGUUGAAGCUCAACUUUAAUUUGUUGGAGCUGUGA